CAGCUCCUCCCUCCGAGUGUGUGAGUCAGUCCCGUGGCCCGUCUGUCGGACAGACAGAUAGCAGAAAGGGAUUCAUCCGGCUCCUCUUCCGCCUCUCUCUCUGUCUCUGUCUCUCGCUCUCUCCCGGACCUCUUCUGGCGCGAUCGGUUCUGGCCAUCCUGCUCCUCUCUCGAGCGGAACGCGUUGGUUUCUCUUGCGAGGCGGUCGUGCUGGUGGCCUUCGGCGGAUCGUUCCGUUCGUUCUUUCUCCUGCAAUCCGGAGGUAGGAGAAAGAGGGGGCGCAAUGUUGGGAGCAAUUCGAAGACGCGUUGGCGGGCCUCAGUCUCUGCUCAACACUGUCUUGAAAUGUAAAAGUGGGUUGGAGCCCACAGCUGCUGCUUGGACUAGUGGUGGCCGAAGAAAUGCUUCCGAGAUGACUGUGAGAGAUGCCCUCAAUUCCGCAAUCGAUGAAGAGAUGGCUGCUGAUUCCAAGGUCUUCAUUAUCGGAGAAGAGGUCGGAGAAUAUCAAGGAGCGUACAAGGUCACUAAGGGACUUUUGCAAAAGUUUGGUCCCGAUAGAGUUCUUGAUACUCCCAUUACCGAGGCUGGAUUCACAGGAAUUGGUGUAGGAUCCGCUUUUUAUGGACUGAAACCGAUUGUCGAGUUUAUGACAUUCAAUUUUGCUAUGCAGGCGAUUGACCAUAUCAUCAAUUCUGCUGCAAAGACACAUUAUAUGUCUGGUGGUAAAAUCGAAGUUCCAAUUGUCUUCAGAGGUCCUAACGGAGCAGCCGCCGGUGUGGCUGCACAGCACUCUCAGUGCUUUGCAGCCUGGUAUGGCGCAUGCCCAGGUUUGAAGGUUCUGGCCCCAUACAAUGCCGAAGAUGCUCGAGGUCUUCUCAAGGCUGCCAUCCGUGACCCUGACCCUGUCGUCUUCCUAGAAAACGAACUCAUGUACGGUGAAACUUUUACCGUGUCCGACGAAGUUCUGGAUCCUAGUUUUACUCUUCCCAUCGGCAAAGCGAAGGUUGAGAGGCAGGGUACCGAUUUGACAAUGACAGCGUUUUCGAAAAUGGUUGGAACUUGCCUCAAGGCAGCAGAGGAGCUGGCGAAGGAGGGCAUUAGUGUUGAGGUCAUCAAUCUUCGAUCGAUCCGGCCGCUAGAUAGAGCAACUAUUAAUGCAUCUGUCAGAAAGACAUCCCGACUUUUGACUGUGGAAGAAGGCUGGCCCCAGCAUGGUGUCGGAGCCGAAAUCUGUGCCAGUGUGGUGGAGCAAAGUUUUGAAUAUUUGGAUGCACCAAUUGAGAGGAUUUGUGGAGCCGAUGUCCCCAUGCCAUAUGCUGCAAACCUUGAGCGUUUAGCCGUUCCCCAGUUGGAGGACAUUAUUCGUGCCGCCAAACGAGUAUGCUACAGAUCUACACAGCAGAGGGCUGCUGCGUAAUUGUGCAUCUUUUUGUCCCUCAGGGCCACUGGUUCCUCCUCCUCGUCAUAUUAUUGGUUGUGAAUCUGGUGAUUGCCCUUUUCCUCGAGUUGUGUAAAAUUAUACAAAAGGACUGAAAAUUAUGGAAAAGGAAAUGGAGCCACCAGUUCUUUCCUGGUAAUCUUUUUUUCGAGUUCAACACCCAAGUACAAUAAACAGAUUAGUCUGCCGUCGCAAAUGACCUCGUGAUUACUAUGUGGGCCCUGUAGUUAGGCCUUUUGAAAUUGAAUGCCAGUCUCUCGGAGACAUUUUUGCCAAUCACGGUCUGAACUUCGACCCUUUGUAGCUACUACUCAUGUCACGGCCACUAAAUCGAAGGUGUAUAGAGCCACAGCAAAACUGCAUUGAGUUUCAGAUCACAUUUGAGUAGUGUCUUCUUGAAGCUUUACUGGCGAAAGGGCAUGGCCCACUCAAUUUGUGUACUUGUAGGGUUUACUUAUCCAUAAUUGGGAUUGAGAGCUGAUUCCUUUCUACCCGCUUGUGUGCGACAACUCGACAUCUCAAAUGUUACCCACGGGCACCAAAAGUUUAAUUUGCUAGAGACGC